CUUGCGACUGAAACUCGCCGCCCUGCUCUGGGCUACGGUGUGGUGGUUGAAAAUACGGGGCGAGCAGCAGCAUUUUUUAUUUGAAUUAUUCCGUCUGGGUUUAUUUCGCGCAAACUUUGGAUUUAGUUUGUCUCUUUAAAUAAAUGCUGACUAUGUAAAACCAUAUUUCAUUCUGUACUGUACAGUUAUGAACUGACAACACAGGCUUGUCUUCUACGGAGAAGGUGCAUCAUACUAAACGCCGGUUAAUGAAUCAACCCAGUCGUUGAGACCUGACAGUCCUUCAGAAGCAGCUGGCUGGCGAGGGGAGAGGCGUCAGACAUGUCCGAAGCUGAAGAAGAGAGCAGCAACAGCAGCCUGCAGAGGAAGAAACCACCCUGGCUCACACUAGACAACCCCAGGGCCCAGAACCCUGCGGAAGAGCACAAUAACUUUCUACAGCCAGUCAUGCGCAACAGCUUGUAUCUGCGCAGUGCCAGUGUACCCACUGAAAAUAUUCAGCUCAGAUGCCCGCCAAUCGACCCCAAUGCUUGUCGCAGACCCUCGGUCCUGCGCAAACCCUCCAUCACCCAGACCAUCAAGAGCCCCACAGGGAAGAGGGUACGCUUUGAGCAGAUGAGCACCAUCCUGGUUAAAGAUCAGAGUUUCUCAUGUCUGGAACCCCCCAGACGUCAGUCACUGCCCCAAAUCGUCCUCAGGGGCACAGCAGACUGGUUUGGGGUCAGCAAUGAUGUGGAUGCCUCCCAAAAAUGGCAGAGGAAGAGCUUGCAGCACUGCACACAGCGCUACGGCAAGCUGAAGCUUCAGGUCAUUCGUGAAAUGGACCUUCCCAGCCAAGACAAUCUCUCCAUGGCCAGUACAGAGACCCCUCCUCCUCUAUAUGUCCCUCCAGCACAGCAUGGCUUGCAGAGGAUUGUGGACCCACUGGCUCGGGGUCGAGCGUUUCGUAAUGUAGAGGAGGUGGAUGGUCUCAGCACAUCUCAGACUCCCAUCACCCCCUGCGCUGCCUCUCUCUGCUCCUUCACCAGCUCUCGCUCAGGCAUUAACAGACCUCCACGCAGACGAAAACGUGAGUCUGUUGCUAAGAUGGGCUUCAGAGCAGCCACUGCUCUGGUGAAGGGGCGCUCUUUGCAGGAAGGUCCUAUUCGACGUGUGCACCGGCAAAGUUUUGCCACAGCCAGUUUCCUGGAAGAGGACACUGUUGAUUUCCCAGAUGAACUGGACACCUCCUUCUUUGCCAAGGAUGGGUUUAUGCAUGAAGAGUUGUCCACAUAUGCAGAUGAGGUGUUUGAAUCGCUUUCUGAAGCUGCUGUUAAGGAAACUGAUGCCAGUAACGCAUCAGAUGAGAAGGACCUGACGGGCAGUGCCCUAGACAAGACAGAACUGGAGAGGAGCCAUCUUAUGCUGCCUCUUGAGCGGGGCUGGCGUAAGGUAAAGGAUGGCGCUCUGGUUCAGCCUAAAGUGCGCUUACGGCAGGAAGUGGUGAGUGUGAGCAGGCAACGGCGUGGACAGCGCAUUGCCGUGCCUGUUAAGAAACUCUUUGCCAAAGAGAAGCGUCCUUAUGGGCUUGGCAUGGUGGGCAGACUGACCAACCGCACUUACCGUAAACGCAUCGACAGCUUCGUCAAGAGACAGAUAGAAGACAUGAAUGACCACAGGCCUUUCUUCACUUACUGGAUCACCUUUGUCCAUUUGCUGAUUACCAUCCUGGCAGUUUCCAUCUAUGGCAUUGCACCUGUGGGCUUCUCACAACAUGAGACAGUAGAUUCUGUCUUACGGAAUAAAGGAGUUUAUGAAAACGUCAAAUUUGUGCAGCAAGAAAACUUCUGGGUUGGACCAAGCUCGGAGGCACUGAUUCACCUUGGGGCUAAGUUCUCCCCCUGCAUGCGUCAGGAUCAGGAGGUGCAUGAUCUCAUUCAGGAGAAGAGGGAAAGUGAGCGUCACUCAGCGUGCUGUGUCCGUAACGACCAAUCAGGCUGCCUGCAGACCUCGCAGGAGGAGUGCUCGAGUACACUGGCAUUUUGGGUAAAGUGGCCUCAGCACCCAAGUGCUCCUUAUCUAGAUGAGGAAGUGCGUCAGUAUGGCUCUGUAUGCCAUCAAGACCCCAGGAUUUGUCUGGAGCCCGCAUCUGUUACACCUCACGAGUGGCCUGAUGACAUCACUGAGUGGCCAAUAUGCACCAGGUACAGCACAGGGAACCACACUAACUUGCUACACAUUGAUUGUGUCAUUACCGGCAGACCCUGCUGCAUAGGGACCAAAGGAAGGUGUGAGAUUACAUCAAGAGAGUACUGUAACUUCAUGAAGGGGUACUUCCAUGAGGAGGCCACACUCUGCUCACAGAGUCCUGGCAACCAUUCAGUUGCAUUGGCUGGACCUACAGGGCUGAGAUAUUCUUCUAAAAAUCUUUGUUUGUGUUCAGCAGAAGAAAGAAAGUCACACAUCUGGGAUAGCAUGAGGGUGCAUUGCAUGGAUGAUGUGUGUGGCCUCCUGCCUUUCCUAAACCCAGAGAUCCCAGACCAGUUCUAUCGGCUGUGGCUCUCUCUCUUACUGCACGCUGGGAUUCUGCACUGCCUGGUGUCUGUGUGCUUUCAGAUGACCAUUCUGAGGGAUUUGGAGAAGCUAGCGGGCUGGCUGAGAAUCUCUAUCAUCUAUAUCCUCAGUGGGAUUACAGGCAACCUCGCCAGUGCCAUCUUCUUACCAUACAGAGCAGAGGUGGGUCCAGCAGGUUCUCAGUUUGGCAUCCUGGCCUGUCUGUUUGUGGAGCUUUUUCAGAGCUGGCAGAUCCUGGCACGGCCGUGGAGGGCCUUCAUCAAGCUCUCAUGCGUAGUGCUCUUCCUCUUCGCAUUUGGCCUGCUGCCCUGGAUCGAUAAUUUCGCCCACAUCUGUGGCUUCAUCUCAGGCUUCUUCCUUUCCUUUGCCUUCCUGCCCUACAUCAGCUUUGGGCGCAUGGACAUGUACCGCAAGCGUUUGCAGAUCCUGUUGGCACUCACUCUUUUCCUGGGCAUCUUCUCCAGCUUUGUCGUGCUCUUCUAUGUGUACCCCAUCAAGUGUGAGUGGUGCGAGCUCCUCACCUGCAUCCCACUUACGGAUAAGUUCUGUGAGAAAUACGACCUGAACGCUCACCUCCACUGAGCCCUUGCAGAAGAUGGGCUGCAAUGGAGAACAAUGGAGAUCUCCAGCUUUCUAUAGGCAUGGACUGAUUUGACUUAAAAACACAAUCUUCACCAGUGUCUGAAACAUUUUAAAAAUAUUCUUCAUAAAGAAGGUUUUAUGGUUUUUAAUUGUCAGACUCAAAGAAGAGCGCUCCCCUGGAGGGAAGGAUAAUGGUUAUGCCAACAGUGCCUUUUCAGUCAGUACCAACUACUGCCACAUCUGAGUCCAAUUAAGUUGGAGCACUUUUAAGCCAAACCUGUAAUGUGUGUAGUGCUACUACAGUGGUAUUUAAUUCUCGGUAGUGUUUUAGCUACCUGCUCACAUGUAACAGAAAAUACAAUGUGAAGAAAUCACCAUGUCUGCACCAUGUCUUUUUGGUCUUCCACUUCUGAAGGUUAAAAUAAUGGCUCUGUUCCCAAAACCUAUUGAGCUACAUAGGCAGUAUAUUAAGGCAUCAUAUGUGCAUUCCAGACAUGAAGGCUGUUCCAAAACGGAUGCACUAGGCAGCAUAAUUAUGCUCUCUUCUAAGAUACCUUAUUUUAGUUGGCAAUCCUAUAAUGUGUGAUUAUAGGCGAUUAUAGAUAGAUAGGUGCUUAGAGUCCUUCACUACCCUUUACAUUUUAAUAUCUUAUCAAAUCAAAUAUUAAUUGCUGUGUCCGAAUUUGCGUACUGUAAGUAUUACUAAAUUUGAUGAAAAACUUUUCAGCCAUUAAUAAAGUACGUUCUUAAGGUAUGCAGGUGAGUAGCAUGAAUAAAUCCAUGGACAUACUAUAUCCAGGAAUGUGGGCAUUGUCCCGUGACCUAAAUAUUUGAUGUAGUAACAACAACAGCAAAAACUAUUUA